AUGGCGCAGUUUCAGACUGUGGCUUUCGUUCCUGUCAAAUCAGGUGGAAAAGCUUCGCCGAGGAUAUUCAGACAAGAUCUAACCCUUGGGAAAUCACUUCUUCCAACCACGAUAAGCUUUUCGCCUAAGGUAGAAGACGACUCUGUUUUCUCGCCGGAGAUUGUUACCGGCGGAGUAGAUCACGGGCAUGACGAGUUAUCGUCGUCUUUACUAAAUCCAGACGAUAUGAAGCCAAGGAAAAGAGGAAGGAAAACUGCAAAUGCGAGAAAUAUACCAAAUGCAUUAAUGUCUUACAUUUUGGGGUUUCUAUUCCUGAUGAUCAGUAAUGGGAAAUUUUCACUUGCUAUAGCUCAUUAUAAGUUUGUGGUGAAGGAAAGCUCAUACACUAGACUAUGCAGCACGAAAAAGAUAUUGACCGUUAACGGGCAAUAUCCUGGGCCAACCAUUUACGCGAACAAGGACGAUACGGUGAUGGUGGAUGUGUAUAACGAGGGCAACAGAAACAUCACUAUUCACUGGCACGGAGUUAAGCAAUUCAGGAACCCAUGGUCCGAUGGCCCCGCCUACGUAACCCAGUGCCCCAUUCAGCCAGGAAACAAGUUCACUCAAACACUCGUCUUAACCAACGAGGAAGGUACCAUAUGGUGGCACGCCCAUUCCGCUUGGGAUCGGGCCACGGUCCAUGGCGCCAUCGUGGUCUACCCCAAGAUUAACGGCACCCCCUAUCCCUUUGCUAAGCCCCACCAAGACAUCCCCAUCAUACUAGGGGAAUGGUGGAAAACAGAUAUCAAUGCUAUUUUAACUGAUUUUGAAAAGUCAGGGGGCGGCGCUAAGAUCUCCGAUGCCCUCACUAUCAACGGUCAACCCGGGGAUUUAUACCCCUGUUCUAAACAAGACACCUUCACCGCCAGGGUCAAGCGCGGCUUCACCUAUCACCUCCGCAUAAUCAACGUCGGCAUGGCCGAGCCAAUGUUCUUCGCCGUAGCCGGGCACAAACUCACCAUUAUAGGGACGGACGGAGGAUAUUUAAAGCCCAUAAGAUCCACCUAUAUAACCAUAGCACCCGGUCAGAGCAUUGACGCCCUAUUAACGGCCAAUGCACCCAACAACAACAGCUAUUACAUGGCGGCCAAGAUAUACUCUAGCAACGUCGGUGGAGAAUUCGAUAACACCACCACCACAGCCAUCCUCAAGUACGAGGACCACGACGACUCCUCCUCCUCCUCUGCACCCCUGCUCCCCUCACUCCCACUCUACAACGAUUCCGGUGCGUCUGUUUCCUUCAACGGAAAGCUGAGGAGCAUCGCCAGCCGGAACCACCCGAGCGACGUCCCGCUCAACAUUUCCACCAAGCUUAUUUUCGCCAUUGCCAUGAACCUGGAGCCUUGCAGUCCCGCCGGAUCUUGCUCCGGGCCCAACGGAUCGCGUCUGUCUGCCAGCGUGAACAACAUUAGCUUCGUGUCCCCGACAAUUGACAUUCUCCGGGCGUACUACAACAACAUAAGCGGGGUGUUCAAAUCGGAUUUCCCACAUAACCCUCCUCAGGCGUACAACUAUACGGCGGAUUAUCAGCCACUGGAGAUAUUGAGGCCGGAGAAGGGGACGAGUGCGGUGGUGCUGGAGUAUAACUCCACGGUGGAGUUGGUGAUUCAGGGGACCAGCCUUGUAGGGGCAGCGGAUCACCCGGUUCAUCUGCACGGCUACAGCUUCUAUGUGGUUGGUUGGGGUUUUGGUAAUUUCAACAAGACUCAGGAUCCUCUGCAUUACAAUUUGAUUGACCCUCCAAUUCAAAAUACUGCCACGGUGCCUAGGAAUGGUUGGGUUGCCAUUAGAUUCAGGGCCAAUAAUCCAGGGGUGUGGUUCAUGCACUGUCACCUGGAGCUUCACUCGAGCCUGGGAAUGGACAUGGUUUGGAUAGUAAAGAAUGGACAAGGACUAGAAGCCCAAAUGUUACCUCCACCAAAGGAGAUGCCUCCAUGCUGA